CUUCGUCAGGAUCCGGGUAGUUCGUUAUUUAGUCGCCCAGUAGCUGAAGUUCAGCAUCGUCUGGCCUCUCUUCUUGACCGGGCAUCUGGGUUUUACUCAAGUUUAGUUCAAAAGCUUCUUUGUCGUAUUCCAGAUUUCGCCUGGCCAACGAACGUCUUUCAUUUCUUCGCUGACAAUGCCCCCACUAAUGGCAAGACUUUUUGCGAUGCGGGUCGCCUUGAUGUUGAUUCACUAACACUCAAAAUUCAGCAAGUUCGCUUUUCUCGCGAAGAGAAAGCUGGCUUUCGUAACACCUCUCACUUGGCUGCAGAAAUUGAAAGCACCCAACAACGUCCCACAAUACUCUCGCGGGGUUCACGGCUUCCCAAUUCUGGAGAUACACCAAUUUGUCCACGAACUGUGGAAGCCAAGGAUUCUCCUCAGAUUUACCUUAGUUUCACUGAUUCACUUUCAUAUCUCCUACAACAUUGCCUCAUUCAUCUUGGCGACGUGGCAAGAUAUCAGCAUCAAUACACUGUUGCAGAGUCCUACUAUACGUGGGCCUGGCUUGUUGAUCCGUCUAGUGGUCACGCCUACAACCAAUUAGCUAUCAUAGAAUCAACCAGGUUGAAGAGACGGUUAGACAGCCUGUGCUACUUUUAUGUUCGAGCGAUUGCUUGUUCACAUCCUUUCCCGGCAGCUGGAGAGAAUCUUACCUACACGAUGAACACAAUAAUUGCGGCUACCGAAGAUUCUUUCUCGAGUCUCUUUUGUGAUUAUCCGGCAAUUAGUGACUUAUGUGAUCUUCUGUUAUGCCCUCUUCCAUUACUCCUUCGAUUUCAUUCCUUUGCCAGAAAUAGCAAAGACAUCGCGGCCAUUUCAAAGGCAGCAAGCGAAUUCUCUUCAGCGACAAACGCCUUGGCAAUGAUAGUUAAUAGUGACUCUGGUUCAUUUGUUUUGCCGGCACCACUCAACGAACGCAGUGCCAAAAUCGCUGCUGCCUUUGCGUCUUUUAAUCUUCCAAGUGACCCGAUUGAGUCACUACGGAGGAUUCAGGUUCGACUUAUGAAUUUGGUUGUUUUGCACACCUUCGGUCUGCAAUCUAAUUGGUCUCAUGAAGACGACAGGAAUUGUGUCCGACAUUGUUUAAUUUACACGACAGUGUCUCUGGUUAAUUGGCUAUUUGUUUUCGUGAUCGCAAUUCGAAACAAAUACCCACAUGUGAAGGAUGAUCUUCCAGUUACUCCUAUUUUACUAAUGGCUCUGGCUCUUAACGCUCAGUGUGGUUCAAAAGGUGCGGCUAGCAAAGCGUUAUCUGAUUCCGAAAUGCUUGAAAUUUCUCCACCUCUAAGCAAAUCAGCGGUCGCAUUCCUUAACUCACUGGCGUGCUCCACAGUCUCUUCUCGCGCAUCAGCUGAAGGUCUUUUCAAUGCGUUUCUACCUGAGUUAUUUGCACUUCAGGGCUUCACCCCAAUGGGUAUUCCUGUUUUCAACAAACCACUGCAACCAGGCCCGCUUGGGGGACUUACACCUGAUUCCCUGUUUAACAGUGAUUUGAUGAUCCAGGAUUCUGCAUUGAAGGAACGGACGUCACUACUUAUUGAAACCUUCAGGUCAGUGGCCAAGAAAUUGCCCAGCUUGUUGAGGUGGUCUGAUGAGGAGGAAGCAUUUCUCAGUGUUGAUCGCUGUGCGCCUCUUUCUCCGCAACCAUCGGUCUUUGCACCUGGGAGCCCUUUGGUUAAUGAGGAAUUGAAUCAUUCUGAACCAGAGCCUCGGGGCAGUAAACAGGAAGAAGAUGGAAAUCAGAAGAGCAACCUUUCUGGGAACCUGCUAACGCCAAAUUCCGACGAAAUAACUGAGCCGCAUGAAACUAACUUGAACUGUGAGAUCUGCGAAGUGGCAGGUAGCCAUGGAGGUGAAGGGAAGGAGAACCCGUCGGUGAGAAUACCAGCUAGCUGUGAUGACGCCAACAAAGGACAAAGCGUCGAUGUCACAGUUAAUACAGAAUUGGCACGUUUUAUCCAGGAACAGGCUUGUCAAGUAGCAGCUCGUCAACAUAGUCGGAUGGCAACUGGUGCCAUCAAUUCAACGUCGACCAACCACAGCUACACAUCGUCGCGCUUUAACUUCGAGAGAGACCUACCCCCUCGGUUCUUAAAACAGGAGAAAGAUGCCCUGCACCAAUCAUUACUUAACCAACCUGCUCCACUCGCACUCAAGGAGUCAGAAGGCAAUCUACAGGAGCAAUGCUUCCACCAUUCACAGGAACAACGUGCUUUAGCUCUGGAGGACCACCACAGAAAUGGCCACCCCAAGCGGGAAGCUGGCUUCGCUACCCUUUGGUACCACCGCCUUCACUACUGCCGCUUAGACCACAUCGCUCUAGCACAGGCUGGCGCUGAGGCACUUGAAGCAAUCAACACCACUCCAAGAAAACAGUUAAUUGCUAAUAUCUCCGACCUGGUCUUCAUUACUUGUUUGCCAUCAAUUUCAUUAGAGAUGUUUACUACUUUGGUUUUGCUGGGCCACUACCUGAGUGAUAUUUUGGCGGGCUAA